AUGAAAGCGAGCUUCUCGAGCUCGACCGCCCCACCCAAUGAUCGUUACGGCCGGGAGGUUGAGGACAACCCGGAGGACCUGUUCGAGGAUUUGGCCCCCGAGGACGAGGACACCUUGCAGUCCAAGCAGCGCCAAGUGUUCGACAUGAUUGCCAAACACUUUUGUCCGUCCCUCUCCACAAGGCCGGGUCCCCUGCUUAUCAAUAUCGAUGGCAAGGCUGGGACUGGCAAGUCCCACCUGAUCAUGCUGCAGUACUAG